GCUACCAAGCGGUCUCAAGGUCAACAAUAUUAGUAAAACAAUAAUGUUGAAUUAUGUAUGUUGUUUUGUGCUUGCAUAACAACAAACAGUAUUUAACUUGAAGAAAAAGAAAAAUAGAUAUAGAAUGAAGUUAAGUAAGUAUUUACAUUAUAAUAGUGUUAUCGUGCUAUAAUAAUGAACUGUCGCAACUGUGUUUAUUCUAUAAUGUUACUAUCAGUCGUUCGGCGUGUGUCGUGGCAGCCUUACCUAACUCCCGAUUGUCUGAAAACCUAAGAAAAUGCCUGUGCCUGAUAGGAAAGGACUAAAAAUAGUCGACAUUGACGUUAAAGACGUUCGAUUCCCGACCUCUCUCGGGGGUCAUGGAUCAGAUGCUUUGCAUACGAAUCCAAACUACUCGUGUGCCUACGUCACGACGCGCACGGAAGAUGGCCGCCAGGGCUUCGGACUCACUUUCACUUGCGGCAGCGGGACUGAGGUGGUGGUGCUCACCGUCAGGACCUUGAAGAGGUUCGUGCUGGGCAAGAACGCCGCAGAUAUCUUCGCUGACUUCGCUGGUUUCUGGCGCGUCAUCACCAAUGACUCCCAAAUGAGAUGGAUAGGUCCCGAGAAAGGGGUAAUCCAUUUGGCUGUGGCGGCCAUUUUGAACUCUCUGUGGGACCUUUGGGCGAGGAUCGAGAACAAACCCCUUUGGAGAUUGCUUGUGGAUAUGGAACCCGAAGAGCUGGUGUCCACUAUAGAUUUCCGUUACAUAACAGAGGUUAUCACCAAAGAUGAAGCUGUCCGUCUGUUGAAAAAUAAGCGUAAAGGCAAAGAAGAUAGAAUUCAAUAUUUGCUUCAAAAUGGCUAUCCCGCAUACACUACGCAAGUCGGAUGGAUGGGCUACAGCGACGAACUAGUCGAGGAGCUAUGCAAGAAAUAUUUGAAAUUAGGCUUUACACAUUUCAAAGUUAAAGUUGGCACAAGUAUUGAGGACGAUCUUCGAAGAUGUAGUGUGGUUCGUAAAACCAUAGGAGACCACAAUUACCUGAUGGUGGACGCGAACCAAGCGUGGAGCGUGGACGAAGCCAUCGCGUGGAUGACGCGGCUGGCGCCGCUGCGGCCGAUGUGGAUCGAGGAGCCCACGUCGCCGGAUGACGUGCUGGGGCAUGCUGCGAUAUCGAAGGCGCUGGAACCGUUCGGCAUCGGCGUGGCGACGGGCGAGAUGUGCGCCAACCGCGUGAUGUUCAAGCAGUUCCUGCAGAGCGGCGGCAUGCAGUUCUGCCAGAUCGACUCGGCGCGUAUCGGCGGUAUCAACGAGAUACUCGCCGUCUAUCUCAUGGCGGAGAAGUUUAAAGUGAAAGUGUGCCCUCACGCGGGCGGCGUGGGCCUGUGCGAGAUGGUGCAACACCUACAGUUCUGGGACUACGCGAGCCUAUCGGGGCUCCUUGACGGCCGCCUUAUAGAAUACGUGGACCAGCAGCACGAGCACUUCUACGACCCGUGUGUCGUUGAGAACGCAAGAUAUUUGGCUCCGAAGAAUCCAGGAUACAGCACACAAUUUCUUCCAGAAACAUUGGAAAAGUUCGCAUAUCCAAACGGGAGUGAGUGGCAAAGAAUGUUCAAAGAGGGCAUCUUUCCAGUGCCAGAUGAAGCAGAGCUAGUCAAUUAAUAAAUAACAAAAGAUGUAUAAUUUUAUAAGUUUUUAUUCGUUUAAAUAAUGUUAAAUAAGUAAAAUGAAUUUGUACAA